ACUGUGGCGUCUUUGUCGAGCGGAUAUUGUUUAUGAUCACUCGACAUUUUCCUUUGCAAAAUAAUUUUGUGGUCGAAAUUACUUUGAUUAUAAUGUUUUCAUUUAUAUCGUGAUACACGAUAGUGAAUAAUCACCGAACUAUGAUUAUAUGUUAAAAAAAACUUAGUGAAAGUUUUUACAAAUGUUUAGUGCAAGGGACGCUUGUGAAUUCUCCCUCGACCAAUAUAGCGGGAAAUCUCUGUGUCGUGACGCGCACUAACAUUAAGAAUCCCUGUGGAGACUUUGAAUAUAUUCAACAGCUUGUUAUGUGGUCAUUUACACUUUGACAGUGGUUCCGUGUCUUGUAAAGUAGCGAUUGACAAUGUCUGACGAAAUGGCGGUUAGUGAUAACCAGAGUGGGGAAGAAGCAGUCGUUAAUGGACCUGAAGCGUUGGCAGCGAGUGCCGAGGACGCGGCGCCGGAGGCCCUCGAGGCGCCCAGUGCGCCCGCGGACCCGGAGCCAGAAGAAACCAAGCCAAUUAAACCAGAACUUGAAUGGAAUCCAGAAGAAGCUCCAGAGCCCGCAGAAGACACAGAUGACAAACGGGGUGUCAAACGCAGGGCGUCGGAGGCUUUCAGCAAAGCUGCCGGUGAAGACAAGCCCUUCAAGGGCUUUGUGAAGAUGGACCUGGAUGACUCUAUUGUGGAAUACAAGAAAGUUUUAGACAACUUGGAGGCAGACGUGGCAUUGGCCAGCAAAACCGUGGUGCCUCUCAGGACCGUGAUGGGGACACCAACAGCUCCGGCCAGGGCCAGCAAGCGAGCGAGGCAGGAUACAGACGGAUCGAGACCGUCAUCUGCCCUGUCCUCUAGGUCAGAAGACGGUGUUUCGUCCACUGAGGUAUCCUCCCCCGCGGUCCGCGGCCGCCGCGCCACCACCGAGAUGUCGUCGCCCCUGCUCCGGGUGCCUCUCGAGAAGGGCUGGAAGCGCGAGCUGGUGUACCGAGCCGCGUUGGAUCAACACUCGCGGCGCAACGCAGACAUAUACUAUUACUCGCCGCAGGGCAAGAAACUACGCUCCACUAGAGAGGUGGCGGAACACCUCUCUGGGACCGGACUGACGUUAGACAACUUCUCAUUCUUCAAGGAACCACUGGGUGUAGAUGACCCCGAAAAAGAAAUCAUUCGUGAUGCGAAACUGAUGCGGAAGGCGGAGUCCCCCGUGGCGGCGACGGCGCCUCCCCUGGCGGAGGGCAAGCGCACGCCCAAGCCCAAGCCGCCCAAGGGCGCCAGCCCCGAGCCCACCACCCCCAAGUCGCCGCCGGCCAAGAUCAAGGUGAAGUCAAUGCAGCCGCGCCUGAACCGCACGCCGGCCGCGCCCGCCAAGAAGCCCGCCGCCACCCCCGCCGCCGCCGCCGACAACAACAACACGCAGGCCAUCAAGAAGAACAGAACGGCGCCGCCUGCCCCCGCCGUCCCGGCCGCGCCCGUGUCGGUGCCGGCCGCUCCAGUCCCGGUCGCGGUGCCGGUACCGGUACCGGUCAUCCCGGUCCCGGUGCCGGUCCCGGUACCGGUGCCUGUGCCGGUGGCCCCGGCGCCGCCGCCGCUGCAGAGCCGCCCGCCCGUGUCGCCGGUUGAUGCCAAGAUUGAACAGCAUGACUUGACCUCACCCCGACAGUUAGUGCAACCUUGCUCCAUGACAUGUGGUCGCGGAGUGCCCACGCUGGCCUGCGGGCUGUGUCUGUGCCUCUACCACCCCGCCUGCGCCGGCCUCACGGCCCCUAGACCAGAGGGGACCUUCUUCUGCAAGGAGUAUUGUUCCACCAGUGACUCAAAGCCAGUGCGAGGUCGAGUGGCGAAUGGCGCCGCGCCGUCGCCCACCACCGACUCGCCGCGGCGAAGAGGAAGACCCAGGCUGGACGAAAACAUCGACCACUUCACUGGCUUCUGCCAGAAGGCGAAGGAACACAACUAUAAUGUGGCUGUACAGAUAUUCCAGUACCUAGGCAUGCGUGAUUUGGCGCAUUGUGCGCGCGUGUGCCGACUGUGGCGGGAUCUGGCCGCCACGCCACAGCUCUGGCGGCACGUCAGGAUGAAAAAUUCACACGUGAGCGACUGGGGAGGGUUAUUCGCGGCCCUACGGCGGCACGGCACGAAAAGGCUGGACUUACGCAAGAUGCUGUUACCGCAGAACGACGCCGUGUUCUGGGAGCAGUUCGGAGAGCAUGUCAAACAAUUGGACGAGCUAGAGAGGAUAGAGAUGUGCCGCUGCCCCGCCAGCGCGGUGGAGGCGGUGUGCCGCGGCGCCUCGCACCUGCGCGCGCUGUCCGCGCUCGCCAUCCGCUCCGCGCUGCUCGACCCCGCGCCUCUGGGGGCCCUGCCGCAGCUGCGCGAACUCAGGCUCAAGAGCAUGGCGGGCUUGUCGCUCACGAGGGAUUUACAGCCGUUGGCGGCGCUGACGAGGCUCACGCAUCUUUCGCUCACCUCCAUCAAGGAACUAGGUUGGUGCGCGUGCGACGUAGUAGGCCAACUUCCACAACUCGAGUCGCUCGAGCUCGGCGAGUGCAGUUUUCGCGCCGAGUUCGCGCUCGUGCUCGGCAAGCUGACGCGUCUAAAGCGGCUGCGUUUAGAACGCGGAACCGCUCAAUGUGCGGCCCCGGCCUUAUUGCGAGCGGUGGCGCUACUGCCCAAUCUUACUAGCUUGGAACUUGUCAAUUUUGACGUCAAGGUCGGUUUUGACGACGCGCUGGCCGAAUGUAAAAACAUACAGAGGCUGCUCAUCAUACCCACGUACGUCUCGCAGUCCGCCACCACUAAUAAACAGGUGCUAAGCGGCGUGCUGAGUCUGAAAGACACGCUAACCCACCUAAUGUGGGGCGUGACCAUCGAGCUGCUGCGCGUGACGGAGCUGUUCAUCGACCAGUGCGAGCAGGGCGCCGAGCGGCGCCGCGACGUCGGCGAGUGCAUCCCCGUGCUCAAGCCCGUGCCCGGCUGCAGGCUGCCCCCCGACCACACCAAGCAGGAGCCCCGCACACCGCCGCAGGUAUACACAGUGCGAGCAGGGGCCGAGCGGCGCCGCGACGUCGGCGAGUGCAUCCCCGUGCUCAAGCCCGUGCCCGGCUGCAGGCUGCCCCCCGACCACACCAAGCAGGAGCCCCGCACACCGCCGCAGGUAUACACAGUGCGAGCAGGGGCCGAGCGGCGCCGCGACGUCGGCGAGUGCAUCCCCGUGCUCAAGCCCGUGCCCGGCUGCAGGCUGCCCCCCGACCACACCAAGCAGGAGCCCCGCACACCGCCGCAGGUAUACACAGUGCGAGCAGGGGCCGAGCGGCGCCGCGACGUCGGCGAGUGCAUCCCCGUGCUCAAGCCCGUGCCCGGCUGCAGGCUGCCCCCCGACCACACCAAGCAGGAGCCCCGCACACCGCCGCAGGUAUACACAGUGCGAGCAGGGGCCGAGCGGCGCCGCGACGUCGGCGAGUGCAUCCCCGUGCUCAAGCCCGUGCCCGGCUGCAGGCUGCCCCCCGACCACACCAAGCAGGAGCCCCGCACACCGCCGCAGGUAUACACAGUGCGAGCAGGGGCCGAGCGGCGCCGCGACGUCGGCGAGUGCAUCCCCGUGCUCAAGCCCGUGCCCGGCUGCAGGCUGCCCCCCGACCACACCAAGCAGGAGCCCCGCACACCGCCGCAGGUAUACACAGUGCGAGCAGGGGCCGAGCGGCGCCGCGACGUCGGCGAGUGCAUCCCCGUGCUCAAGCCCGUGCCCGGCUGCAGGCUGCCCCCCGACCACACCAAGCAGGAGCCCCGCACACCGCCGCAGGUAUACACAGUGCGAGCAGGGGCCGAGCGGCGCCGCGACGUCGGCGAGUGCAUCCCCGUGCUCAAGCCCGUGCCCGGCUGCAGGCUGCCCCCCGACCACACCAAGCAGGAGCCCCGCACACCGCCGCAGGUAUACACAGUGCGAGCAGGGGCCGAGCGGCGCCGCGACGUCGGCGAGUGCAUCCCCGUGCUCAAGCCCGUGCCCGGCUGCAGGCUGCCCCCCGACCACACCAAGCAGGAGCCCCGCACACCGCCGCAGGUAUACACAGUGCGAGCAGGGGCCGAGCGGCGCCGCGACGUCGGCGAGUGCAUCCCCGUGCUCAAGCCCGUGCCCGGCUGCAGGCUGCCCCCCGACCACACCAAGCAGGAGCCCCGCACACCGCCGCAGGUAUACACAGUGCGAGCAGGGGCCGAGCGGCGCCGCGACGUCGGCGAGUGCAUCCCCGUGCUCAAGCCCGUGCCCGGCUGCAGGCUGCCCCCCGACCACACCAAGCAGGAGCCCCGCACACCGCCGCAGGUAUACACAGUGCGAGCAGGGGCCGAGCGGCGCCGCGACGUCGGCGAGUGCAUCCCCGUGCUCAAGCCCGUGCCCGGCUGCAGGCUGCCCCCCGACCACACCAAGCAGGAGCCCCGCACACCGCCGCAGGUAUACACAGUGCGAGCAGGGGCCGAGCGGCGCCGCGACGUCGGCGAGUGCAUCCCCGUGCUCAAGCCCGUGCCCGGCUGCAGGCUGCCCCCCGACCACACCAAGCAGGAGCCCCGCACACCGCCGCAGGUAUACACAGUGCGAGCAGGGGCCGAGCGGCGCCGCGACGUCGGCGAGUGCAUCCCCGUGCUCAAGCCCGUGCCCGGCUGCAGGCUGCCCCCCGACCACACCAAGCAGGAGCCCCGCACACCGCCGCAGGUAUACACAGUGCGAGCAGGGUCCGAGCGGCGCCGCGACGUCGGCGAGUGCAUCCCCGUGCUCAAGCCCGUGCCCGGCUGCAGGCUGCCCCCCGACCACACCAAGCAGGAGCCCCGCACACCGCCGCAGGUAUACACAGUGCGAGCAGGGGCCGAGCGGCGCCGCGACGUCGGCGAGUGCAUCCCCGUGCUCAAGCCCGUGCCCGGCUGCAGGCUGCCCCCCGACCACACCAAGCAGGAGCCCCGCACACCGCCGCAGGUAUACACAGUGCGAGCAGGGGCCGAGCGGCGCCGCGACGUCGGCGAGUGCAUCCCCGUGCUCAAGCCCGUGCCCGGCUGCAGGCUGCCCCCCGACCACACCAAGCAGGAGCCCCGCACACCGCCGCAGGUAUACACAGUGCGAGCAGGGGCCGAGCGGCGCCGCGACGUCGGCGAGUGCAUCCCCGUGCUCAAGCCCGUGCCCGGCUGCAGGCUGCCCCCCGACCACACCAAGCAGGAGCCCCGCACACCGCCGCAGGUAUACACAGUGCGAGCAGGGGCCGAGCGGCGCCGCGACGUCGGCGAGUGCAUCCCCGUGCUCAAGCCCGUGCCCGGCUGCAGGCUGCCCCCCGACCACACCAAGCAGGAGCCCCGCACACCGCCGCAGGUAUACACAGUGCGAGCAGGGGCCGAGCGGCGCCGCGACGUCGGCGAGUGCAUCCCCGUGCUCAAGCCCGUGCCCGGCUGCAGGCUGCCCCCCGACCACACCAAGCAGGAGCCCCGCACACCGCCGCAGGUAUACACAGUGCGAGCAGGGGCCGAGCGGCGCCGCGACGUCGGCGAGUGCAUCCCCGUGCUCAAGCCCGUGCCCGGCUGCAGGCUGCCCCCCGACCACACCAAGCAGGAGCCCCGCACACCGCCGCAGGUAUACACAGUGCGAGCAGGGGCCGAGCGGCGCCGCGACGUCGGCGAGUGCAUCCCCGUGCUCAAGCCCGUGCCCGGCUGCAGGCUGCCCCCCGACCACACCAAGCAGGAGCCCCGCACACCGCCGCAGGUAUACACAGUGCGAGCAGGGGCCGAGCGGCGCCGCGACGUCGGCGAGUGCAUCCCCGUGCUCAAGCCCGUGCCCGGCUGCAGGCUGCCCCCCGACCACACCAAGCAGGAGCCCCGCACACCGCCGCAGGUAUACACAGUGCGAGCAGGGGCCGAGCGGCGCCGCGACGUCGGCGAGUGCAUCCCCGUGCUCAAGCCCGUGCCCGGCUGCAGGCUGCCCCCCGACCACACCAAGCAGGAGCCCCGCACACCGCCGCAGGUGGAGAUCCUCCCGCUGCCGACGCUGCAGCGGCUGCUGUCGGCGCAGCUGCCCAACACCAAGCUAAAGCUGCUCCGCAUACCGUUCCACGCCACGUGGCGCCAGUCCCUCGCCGACUUCCAGUAGCCGACGCGGCGACGUGGAAUACUAACACUAGAGUACGUCUAAUGCUACGUUUACACGCUGCGGAAAUCUCGACAAGCACCCAUAAUCGCAAGCGUGUAUCAUGCGACAUAAAAUAGUAGAAAUAAAAUAAAAUGGAACUAUGGUCUGUAUCUUUAGGUAUUUAUAUAAAAGUACACAAACAAUUUGUACAUUUUCGGGUAGUUAGAACAUUAAAUUGGUUAGUCAACCAAAUACAAAACCGCCUGAAUCAACUUUAACUUACAUUAUUUGAUCAUGUAAUGUUUUCAUCUACCCUAAACUGGCUUAUGACUUAUGAAGCCAUUUGAGGGUAGAAUUUGUUUACUCUUUUUUAAAUACCUAAAGAUACAGACUAUAAAUUGUUGCCAUGUUUAAGCAGUAACGUCAAAAAUGUGACAGUUGCGUAGGAAGUGGCGCCCUCUAUAUUUUUUUACAGUGUUUAGCUUGGCUUGCGUGACCUUGUAGCCGAUCCAUUGCAGUGUCGGUUUUUGUACACAGAUAAAAGGAAUUUUGCGGCAAGCGCUUGCGACGUAUGUACAGUCAGCAGCAUAAGUAGCUAAGCGGGCGAGGUGUCCAAAAUGAUGUACGCGACUUUAUUGCUGACUGUACACGUGGGCGGUUUUUGAUUAUAUUUUUAAUAAAAAUAUGUCAAACCAAACGCAAAAGCCGAAAUUGCCUGUCCGGAAUACAAUAACGUACUUGCAAGCAUGCAAAUGGCUUUCGAGCGUUUGUACAGGCUUGGAGCUUGUAGGCGUUUGCCAAGUCUCGGCAAGCGUGUAAAUGUAGCAUAAGGUAUAUGUGUACCAACUUGGUAUAAUCGACAAAAUCUACACCUUAUAUAUUUCAUAUUUUCUGUGGAAUUUGGUGUUGUUGGUUCCACUAUGUCGCUUUCUAUGUUGACGCAGAGUUAGCUACGCGGAAUAAGCCACUUUAUAAGGCAGAGGGAAUAUAUUUCCCAUCGGAUUUUGAACUUUAUUUCAUAUUGAUAGGGCUCAUUUUUGCAUAAUUUCUGACAUCCUUAUGCCUUAUUUAAUUACACAAACGGGUCUACCGCGAUAUAAUUUCAUUGUUUGUUUGCCUACCCCGAACAUUUUUAUAAACUCAUUUCGGGUAGUUUAGUUGUGUUUUAGUUAUAUUUCCGUUGACAUUUACUGGGACGUCAGUCUUUCCGUGACCACAGCUGGUGCAACUCAGUUGAAACGUCGGAAUUUAAGGUAAAAACAAUGAAAGUAUAUCGCGGUAGACCCGUUUGUGUAAUUAAAUAUGUGUACAGAACGCGAGAGUUUAAAGUGUUAUACCCUUAUGCCUUAUACAGGGUUAAUAAAAUUCCCUAAGACGAAUCUGUAAAUCGAUACUAAGGUACGUUACAAUCUUACAAUACGCUCACAUUUUCAACUCUUCUAACUACUGAGUUUUUCAAGCGUAUGGCGCGGAUAAUGCAUUUUUUAAAGCGCCAAACCAAAAUACGAAACCAAUGAGAGGACGAGUUUAAAUUGUAUUUCUAGAUCUAAGGUAAAACCGUUCGUUUCUUACCUUGUUCACUGAAUUUGAAAGGUCUAUAACACAUCAGGAACACUCCUUUAAUUGCAUUUUAAAUAUUAUAAUCACCUUCAAAUGAAAGUGUUACACAUUUUUUAAGAAAUCUUGUGUUUCUUUCUAUUGACAUUGAAAAUCUCGUUGUAUAUAUGGUUUGACAUUCUAUUAUAUUUCUUGACGCAUAUAAUCAGUUUGAAUUCCAACUAAAAAUAGUACAAUGCACAAAUGCUCUAAUGUGCGAGACAGAUACAGCAAACAGAUUAUCACCAACAUAUCUGUACUGUUAAGGAUAGGGUAAACUAUACUAAUCUCGCCCCCAUCCAAUGAUUGGCCUAUUAAACUUUAUGUUAAAUCAGCCGUGGUGAUUUUCCUACAAAAAUAUAGGCCAAUGAUAUUAAUUGGCCAAGCAUCGGCUAGUUUACCCUAAAAAAUCUACAAAUUCCACAUGCCAAAAUGUAGCAAUACAAAAGACCUAUUGAGGCUAAUUAAACUUUUAAAUUUAUCGAUCCAUUAAAUACUUCCUUUGCCUGAACUAUAGGGGGCAGCAUAGGAGCCGUCACGAUUUUUGGCGCGAGGCGUAAAUGUGUCGUUUAUGCUUCCGAUGUAGCCCACAAGACGGCAGAACCUACUAUGCACAAGGAAACGUACCGACGAGAACGGAAGAUUGUAGCACUUGCUUUGGCAAUGUACAUGUGCACAUACGUUUCCGAUUCAGGCCACAAGAUGGCAGACCCUCCAACGCGCACGGUCCCUAUUAAUCUACAAUAUCAUUUUCUGAUAUGUAAUAGUGGUAAUAAAUAUAACACCAACUGUACAACUGCUUUAGGCAUUUUCCUGUAUAAAGCAAUAACUAGAUUCAAUUGAUAGUUGAAUGUUAUUAUUUUCAAGAAGAUUUAUUAGCAUAAUUAAAUAUUAACUUCGCCGUAAAGUAAAUAAUUCAGGAAACUAACCCACUUAGCGCCACUUGCACCGUCGGACUUACCCAGGGUUAAGCGGUUAAAUUGUUAACCAAGUGUCAAAUUGUACUGGUAACCAUGGUUACUCCAGGUCUAACCGGUUAACCCCGGGUUAGAGAAAUGGUACAAGUGGCACUUAGAUAGCUUGACUUCUGAAUAGCUGACUAGAUUCAGUAUUUACUAAAUUAAAAAUGGACUAAUAUCACUAAUAAAUUUGCGUCAAUUUUAUCGAUGUCAAAAUUUUACUACUAUUUGGAUCUCAUUUCUAAAAUGUGGUUUAAGACGAUAUAGUAUGAACACCCUUUAAAAUUAAGGGUUUCUUAGGGUGGUAUUCCACCUGCCCAAUUUCUUUUUUCAAUCUCAUUCUCACUCUCUCAUUAAAGCAAAAUGUGAGACGCAAUACACAUUGGACUAAUAUAUUGGACAGAUGGAAUACCACCCAUAGAAAAAAUAGUUAUAAUUUCAAUCAAAAAUGGUUGAUCGAUACAUUUUAAUGGAAUAAUGUUUGAUAGCGUUUAAUGGUUUGUUCAUAUAAGGAAUGUAAAUAUAACAGUAGGUAUUAGAUAACGUUCAGUGCCUACACUUGGUUCUUGGCCAAUCAAAGACGGAUAGUGUAUCGAUAUUUUGUGUUUAAUAUUAAUUUCAAAAAUAUUUUAAUAUAGGCCUUGAUGAUAUAUAAAUAGUUGGUAGGUAUAAUUUGGAAAGAUUAUGUUAUAACAUAUUUUAUUAUAUUAUAUAUCAUGUAUGGAAAGUACAAGAUGCCGUGAUCGGAUGUCACAUAUUUUUGUAUAGGUACUGUCGCCGUCAGAUAUAUAGGAGCGGCCAAGGUGCUCACAAAUAUAUGAACACGCACCUAUGUCAAGGCGUUAAAGUGCGUGUUCAGAUAAUUUUGAGGACCUCGGCCGCUCCGAUAUAUCUGAUGGCGACUGUGCAUGCAACGGAAGAUGAGCUCAUUUGCUGCGCGUGUUCAUAAAUAUCUAUACUUUUUUUCACCUUAUUGCAAUGGAGUAAGGUGAAGAGAUGUAUACAUACUUAUGAACUUGACUGUACGCUCAUUUACUUAUUUUCUGUUUUAAAUAAUGGAAUAGGCAUUUCAAUUUGAAUUUGCGCGCGCAAAAUUAAAAUAAACCUAUUUCGGUCUUUGUCUAUAGUAUAUUAGUAAACAAAAUCGUCUGGUGUAAAAAUUAUGUUUUAUACAUUAGUAACAGUGGCGGAGAGUGGGCCUUUGUCGUUUUAA